AUGUCAAAAAGCGCCACCAGCUUUCCAUGGUACCUCACCCAACCUGAAGAGGAACUUGUCAAUAAAUUCAAUUAUAUCCAACAAACUGAGGAUAGUCAUCUGAGGGAAGCCACCAAUGGAACAAAAAAUUCUAAAUGGUCUCUAGGUGUGAGUAUAAAAGAGCAAAACGAUUACAGAAAUAGAUAUGUUAAUAUCAUGCCAUAUGAGAGAAAUCGUGUAAAACUUCCUGUGUUGAAGGGGAAUGAUUAUAUCAAUGGCUCAUAUGUCAAAGUUGACGUUGAUGAUCAGAGUACUACACCAGGGCAUUAUAUUGCCACCCAGGGUCCAACAAAACAUACAUGGCAACAAUUUUGGCAGAUGUGUUACCACGAAUGCGAAAGUAAUGAUAUUGUUAUUGUAAUGGUGACGCCGCUUGUUGAACGUGGCAGAGAGAAAUGUUUCCCUUAUUGGCCUCAAGGUAAUGAUACAAAUGACAUGCUCAAACUCAUACCUAAUGUUCAAUCUCCAGGUGGGCCCGAUGAUACAAGUAUCUUUAAAACAGAAAUGAAAUUACAAUAUGUCAGCAGCAGUAGAUUCGAUGAUAAUUAUACCUUAACGACCAUGAUGUUGGGACCGACUGAAGGAGAUAUUGGUUCCCAAAAGAGAGUUCAUCAUUUUUAUUUUGAUCAAUGGAAGGAUAUGAGUAGACCGGAAGAAAUAAUACCGAUCAUGGAAUUGAGUAGACAUUCCCAUAAAUUGAAUGUUUCUGGUAACCCUAUCAUUGUUCAUUGCUCGGCAGGUGUAGGGAGAUCUGGUACAUUUAUUGCGUUAGAUCACUUAUUGCAUGAUACAAAAGAUUUUAUGGUUCAAAAUAAAGGUGACGAUAAAAAUGAAACAUACAUGUUGAAACCUGUUGCAGAUUAUACGAAAGAUUUGAUAGAACAGAUUGUAUCUCAAUUACGAUCUCAGCGUAUGAAAAUGGUACAACUUAAGGACCAAUAUGUGUUUAUAUACCAUGCUGCGGAACUGUUGUAUACUCUGGAUCGUAACAAUGUGCUAGAUGAGCUAUGA